UCCUGAAGCACAUUCCAUACGACAAGGCAUACACGUGCACAUCCUAACGAACAAAACAACAACUCAUCACUCUACAGUGUCCUCUCACAAAAUCUGAAUCAAAGAACAAAAACAAAUGGCAAACAAAUUACUACUGAUCAUCUUCUCUGUACUUCAAUUCCUUCCAUUCCUCUGCAAUUCCUUCAAUCCCGAUUCCCCAAAUGACCGACGUGUCCUCGUUUUACUCGACGACUUCGCUCUCAAAUCCUCACACUCUUUGUACUUCAAUUCUCUCAAAUCACGGGGCUUCAAUCUCGAUUUCAAGCUCGCCGACGAUCCUAAGAUCAGCCUCCGUCGUUACGGGAAGUAUCAUUACGACGCAUUGAUUCUUUUCUGCCCAUUCGCUGAGAGGUUUGGUGGGUCGAUUAACCAAGCUGCUAUUGUGGAUUUUGUUGAUUCGGGUCAUGAUUUGAUUAUUGCUGCUGAUGUUAAUGCUUCUGAAUUGAUUCGUGAUGUUGCUACCGACGCUGGCGUUGAUUUGGAUGAGGAUCCUUCGGCUAUGGUUCUUGAUCAUUCUAGCUAUGCUGUUUCAGAGACGGAAGGAGAUCAUACAUUGAUUGCGAGUGAUGAUUUUAUUAAGUCUGAUGUUGUAUUGGGCACAACGGAAAUUGAUGCUCCUGUUCUUUUCCGAGGGAUCGGUCAUACAACAAAUCCCUCCAAUAGCUUGGUAUUGAAAGUUCUCUCAGGUUCUCCUUCAUCCUAUUCAGCUAAUCCCAAUGCUAAGUUGUCAAAUCCUCCAUCACUUACUGGAUCUGCUAUUUCUUUAGUGUCAAUUGUGCAGGCAAGGAAUAAUGCCCGCGUUUUAAUAGCUGGUUCAUUAAGCAUGUUCAGCAAUAGAUUCUUCAGAUCUGGGGUGCAGAAGGCAGGAAGCCCAAGAAAACACGAGAAAUCUGGUAAUGAACAGCUUUUGGUUGAGCUGAGCAAAUGGGUUUUCCAUGAAAGAGGCCAUCUUAAGGCUGAAAAUGUAAGACACGGAAAAGCUGGGGAGGGAGAUGAACCUGCAAUGUACAGAAUCAAGGAUGAUUCGGAUUACUCUGUUGAAAUUUAUGAGUGGUCAGGAACAGCCUGGGAACCAUAUGUAGCAGAUGAUGUUCAAUUGCAGUUUUACAUGAUGAGUCCCUAUGUGUUGAAAAACCUAUCAACUGAUAAGAAGGGUCUCUAUUAUACUACUUUCAAGGUUCCAGAUGUUUAUGGGGUUUUCCAGUUCAAGAUUGACUAUCAAAGACUUGGAUAUACCAGCUUGUCUUUGUCAAAGCAGAUUCCAGUCCGUCCCUAUAGGCACAAUGAAUAUGAAAGAUUCAUUCUGGCAGCUUAUCCUUAUUAUGGAGCAUCAUUUUCUAUGAUGGUAGGCUUCUUCGUUUUCACUCUAGUUUACCUCUACAGCAAAUAGCUAUAAAAUUUCGGACAGCAGUCUUCCCUGAUUCCUCCUUAAACCAUGGAUGAGAAUUGAAGAGUGUUCUGUUUUGUUUGGUGGAGAGAAUGUAUUAGGAAUUUUGAUUUAGCUUGGUGCCUUUUGCCCCCACUUUUUCUCUCAAAUCUAUAUGAACUUAUAUAGAAAUCAGAGGAUGUCAAUUUUUUA